CUGUCCUCUCCUUUUGAUAAAGUGGAGUCUUCUUUUUAGUCAAAUUAAUAUCUAAUCAAACACUUUGGUUUGGUAUAAUGUCCAAUUAACUUUUUGGUUCUUCACUCUACCCACUAUAUAAAUAUUUACGAGAUACAUACACACGUUUAUUGAGAGUAGAGCAGAGAGAGAGAGAAACGGAGAGCAAUGGAGGUUGAGAAGACACAGGAGAACAUUACAGGGAAAGAGAAUGAUGAGCCUAAGAUCGUCUACAGAGGGUGGAAAGUCAUGCCCUUCAUCAUUGGAAACGAGACAUUUGAGAAGCUUGGAAUAGUUGGGAGCUCAUCAAAUCUUGUCAUAUACUUAACGACGGUUUUCAACAUGAAGAGCAUCACGGCGGCGACCGUCGUCAACAUCUACGGUGGCACAAGCAACUUCGGCACCAUCGUGGCCGCUUUCCUCUGCGACUCUUACUUCGGCCGCUACAAAACCCUAUCUUUCGCCAUGAUCGCUUGCUUCCUCGGUUCGGUGGCGAUGGAUCUAACGGCUGUGAUUAACCAGCUGCAUCCAGAUAAAUGCGCCAAGGAAAUAGGAAGCGUGUGCAAGGGGCCAUCUAUAGGACAGAUAAUGUUUCUCGCCGGAGCAAUGGUUUUGCUGGUGAUCGGAGCCGGUGGGAUUAGGCCUUGCAAUCUCCCCUUUGGUGCUGAUCAAUUUGAUCCCAAGACCAAAGAAGGCAAACGAGGGAUAGAGAGUUUCUUUAAUUGGUAUUUCUUCACGUUCACGUUUGCUCAGAUGGUAUCGUUAACGCUCAUCGUCUAUGUUCAGUCAAACGUGAGCUGGAGCAUUGGUUUAGCCAUCCCAGCUAUCUUGAUGUUACUUGGCUGCAUCAUCUUCUUCGCUGGCUCUAAGCUUUACGUCAAGGUUAAAGCCAGUGGCAGUCCCAUUCAUAGCAUAACACGUGUCAUCGUUGUCGCGAUCAAGAAAAGGAGGUUAAAGCUAGUUGGUUCGUCUUCUGAUGGUCUUUACAACUACAUAGCGAAGGACUCCAAGAACUCGAAACUUAGCCAUACAAAGCAGUUUAGGUGCCUUGACAAAGCGGCAAUCCAAACACCAGACGACAAGCUGAACAUAGAUGGAUCACCAGCGAACCCAUGGAACUUUUGCAGUAUCCAGCAAGUGGAGGAAGUGAAGUGCGUGAUCCGUGUGCUUCCGGUUUGGCUCUCAGCCGCCCUGUUCUACCUAGCUUACAUUCAACAAACAACCUACACAAUCUUCCAGUCUCUUCAAUCCGACAGACGCCUCGGCUCGGGAACUUUCCAGAUCCCAGCCGCGACUUAUACGGUCUUCUUGAUGCUUGGAAUGACAAUCUUCAUACCCAUCUACGACCGCGUCCUUGUACCUUUCCUUAGAAAGUACACAGGGAGAGACGGCGGUAUCACACAGCUUCAGAGAGUUGGAGCGGGACUGUUUCUAUGCAUCGCAAGCAUGAUGGUGUCCGCAGGUGUAGAGCAACACAGAAGAAAUGUAGCUUUGACAAGACCGACGCUAGGUUUUGCACCGAGAAAAGGAGCGAUCUCUUCAAUGUCCGGUAUGUGUCUUAUCCCUCAGCUAGUGUUAAUGGGCAUCGGAGACGCCUUAGCUGGAGUUGGUCAGAUGGAGUUUUACUACAAACAGUUUCCAGAGAACAUGAGAAGCUUUGCGGGUUCUCUGUAUUAUUGUGGGAUUGGGUUGGCGAGUUACCUAAGCAGCUUUUUGUUAUCGGCGGUGCAUGAUGUCACGGAGGGAUCUAGGGGUGGGAACUGGCUUCCUGAAGAUCUGAACAAAGGGAGAUUGGAGUAUUUUUACUACUUUGUUGCUGGUGUGAUGACACUCAACUUUGCUUAUUUCUUGUUGGUCUCACAUUGGUACCGUUACAAAGAUGUCGUGGACAAGGACAAGUCUUGUGAUGAGUUUGAUAAGGUUUCAGUGUAAUAAAGAUUUUUACUAAGAAAAGUUGUGCGUCUAAACAUCUUUGUGCGUCUAAACUCUUGUGUUUAAGAGUUUUGAGUUGGCUUUGAGAUAAUAAAGGUAAAACCUUUGAACAAAACAUUACCUACAAAUUA